GCUGCCUCUGGAUUCCAGAGAAUCCUGUCAACCUUGACACUAGCAACAUUUCCAACUCUUUAUUUUUUUACAUUCCUUUAUUAUACCGACACGGGAUCCACGUUUUUUACCCUCUUCGCCUAUUUAAUGUGUCUCUAUGGCAAUCAUAAAACUUCAGCAUGCCUUGGAUUUUGUGGGGUGAUGUUUCGCCAGACGAAUAUUGUAUGGACGGUUUUUUGCGGUGGAAGUGUUGUUGCAGAAAAGCUAAGUGAAAGCUGGAAAGUGGAAAUACUGAAAAGCAAAGAGAAGAAAAACCUACCGGCACAAAACAUCAUUUCAGAGUCAAUCAGGAUUAUUAGAUUUCUCCUUGGGUACUUUAUGUCUUUUAAAAACAUCAGCAAUCUGAUUCCCUUGAUAUGGCCAUACCUUACUGUGGUGGUGAUAUUUGCUACUUUCAUUGUCCUCAAUGGCGGCAUCGUUCUUGGUGACAGGAGCAGCCAUGAAGCCUGCCUGCACUUCCCUCAGCUAUUUUAUUUUUUUUCUUUUAGUCUUUUUUUUUCCUUCCCUCUUAUAGUGACGCCCGGUAAAUUUAUCAGUUUUCUCCAUUCUGUGAGGAUCUAUUUUCUGCGAUACAGUGUCCUCACAAUUGUUUCUUUAUUCCUCGUCUGGAAAUGUACGUACGUCCAUAAAUAUUUGCUUGCCGAUAACAGACAUUACACAUUUUAUGUGUGGAGAAAAAUCUUUCAAAGACAUGAGCUUGUCAAGUACAUAUUAGUUCCAGUUUAUAUAUUUGCUGGCUGGAGUUUCACAGAUGCACUGAAGUCAAAAUCUGUUUUCUGGAACUUAGUAUAUUUUGUAUGUCUGUUUGCAGCCACCGUUCCACAAAAGCUUCUAGAAUUCCGUUACUUUAUUUUGCCAUAUAUUAUAUAUAGGCUUAAUGUUCCAAUGCCAUCACUUUUGAAACUUUUCUUAGAGUUGAUUAUAUAUAGUUUGGUGAAUGCAAUAACAUUCUAUUUCUUUUUGAACAAACCAUUUCACUGGCCAAAUAAUGAGGAAAUCCAGAGGUUUAUGUGGUAACAUUUUGGUUCCUAAAACCUGUUCUAGAGCUUUUUGUUACAAAUAAGAGGUUACAAUUUUGAAAAACUUCAUUAAGGAAAAUGAAGUAUUCUGGAUGUUUUAUAAUGGAAGAAAUGUGAAAUGUGUAGGGUUUUUGGACUGUUUUUAUAUAAGGGUGUAUCAGUAAUCAGUAAUUACUUCUUAAAAGAACGGGGGAAAUUUUACUCAUAUUCCCAAAAUAACGUGAAUGUAUGGACAUUUUGAUCAUACCAAUUAUGCUACAGAAAUCAUAAACGUUGACUGUUUUCAUUGUAUUUCUCUACACAUGUAACAAGUGAUUGAUUUGAUGUCAUUCAAUUAUUAUACUGUCUUUUUACCAUG